AUGAAAUCCUGUCCCACAGCUGCAAUGGAGGCAAUACUCGACAUGCUCCCACUAGGGCUGGAAGUUAAGAAAUGUGCAGCCAUAUCUGCACUAAAAAUGGGCAGCAGAGGCGAGCUGAAUCUACAGAGGCAGUCUGGCCACCUGUCCAUCCUGAGGGGAUUCCCAAGCAUGGACAUGGAACUAGGCACACCAGACCUCAUGACAAAGGAAUACGACUUUGAGAUUCCUUACCAAGUUGCAAUAGGGGGAAGAGACAACUGGCAACAGUGCAACUUCAGCAAUGACAGAGCAUGCUUGGUCUAUUACACCGAUGGAAGUCGGAAGGAUGAGAGAUCAGGGCUGGGAGUCCAGGCAGCAUUGAAGGCGCUGGGGUCAUAUGUUACACAGUCACGAACAGUAAAAGGGUGUAAAAACACCCUCAAAAAGUUAGCAGAGCGAAACCAAGUCAAAUUGUCUUGGGUUCCUGGACAUUCGGGGCAUGAGGGGAACGAAAAAGCCGAUGCAUUGGCCAGGAAGGGUGCGGAAGACCAACUGUCAGGACCAGAACCCUACUGUGGUACCCCCAUAAGCUCAGGAGUAGCCAAAGUCCAAGACUGGGUCAAGGUUCAAAAGGCUCUGGCCUGGAUGAACCACCCAGGUAUGAGGACGUCCAAAUUACUAAUCGACCCCACUGAUAAAGGUUGGAAAGACUUGCUGAGCCUUAAGAAAGGGGACAUUAGUCUGCUAGUAGGAGUGUUAACAGGGCACGGUCCUAUCAGGAAACAUCUCAGGACCAUAGGGAGGUCACAGAUAGACCUCUGCAGGUUCUGUGAGAACGAGGUAGAAACCUCAGAACACUUAUGGCUGGACUGUCCAGCGUUGGCCCAUAGAAGGCUUAUAUCUCUGGGGAGGUUAUUCCUGGAACCAACAGAGAUAAGGAAGCUGGGUGUCUUUCAGCUCCUGGGCUACUUGAGGAGCCUAGGGCUGUCAGAAUGA